AUGGCAGCUGCCGCGGGAUUGUCUUGCGACAAGCCCGAAUUCGUCUUCAAGUCCUAUGACAAUCUCAAGGCUUGCUAUGAUGCCAACAACCUCGACACCGGCCUCUCAUACAACAAUAGCCUGGUGCAGCUCGUCUCGACCUGUGUGAGCGAUUACUGUGCGAAUCCGAAUGGCGAUCUAGCAGGAUGCGAAUACACAACGUACAAUUGGGAAUUUGAAGUGUCCCCCUACGAAGAACUCCCGUUCUAUUACAGCAAUGCCUGUGAUGGGAUCAGCGCAAGUGUCAAUAGCGAUAUUGGAGGCCCUGGGGUAUUCGUCUCGUACUUGAUGCAAUUGCUCAUUGUCAUCUACCUCUGGAUCCUUAUGCGGUCAUUCAGGCUCGCUCCUCGGGUUUGCCGGCUGGUCGCUAUCAUUGCCGGUCAACGGAAUCAAGGCACGAUGCGACACAAAGCCCUCGACUGGGAACAAAAGGCCAGAGACUUCUUGGCGGAACAUGGAUAUGUACUAAAAUCUGUCAUGGUCGAGUACCAAGAGGCACAGUGUUGGUUCAUGAUUGCUUGUCAGGCUUGCACAUUGUUUGCCAUGAAAUUCAAACACGUCUUCGACGCCUCGACCCUGAUGCAGUUGUGGGCGGACCAUGCUCUGACGGGCCUGAUCGGUGUGGCUGGCAUCUUGCCCAUCACCAUCGGCCAAUGGAGCCUACAGAGGAUGCACAUGAGCUCUGCCUGGAUCAUAUUCCUCUCCACAGUCGCUAUGAUCCUGUCACAGAUCACCCUAUUCUGGACCUAUUCGAAAGCUGCCCUACCCAACAAACUGGUGGGGUUUGAAGGCGACAGCUGGCCAACCAGUUGUGGAGGCCAUCCCCCUCCGCUCAUAUGGUGCGCAUAUACUCCUUGGGUUGCGCAGGCGAUCCGCCCGAUUGAUAUAUUUGUGUACGCUAUCGAUCCGGUUUGCAUCUUGAUCUAUAUGAUUUGCUUCGCCGAGUGGACGAUUAAAGAGCUGCGCCCAAUGUGGCCUGCCUUUAACAAUGUCUUCGAGAAGGGGCCUGUACUGGGUCGGCUUUCUCGACUCGUCCACCGAAUGUUCGCGCACCAACACUACAGGCACAUCCCUAAAGUGUUCAUUACGAUUUUUGAGUUGUAUAUGUUCAUCUCUGUUCUGAUCUAUGCCUGGUACUACUACGUGGUCGCUAGCGUAGGAACGAUUGAGUGGUCGGGUUGGUCCUUCGGCCAAAUCCUCGCUCUGACCAUGUGGGCUCCUGUCAUCAGCAAAUACAUCUACUGGACGAUGUUCGGCACCGAGUCCUACUCCGAAGUCCGCGUCGCGGCACCGUACAAAAUCGUCAAGACCGGGGGGAAUCCAGACGAUGACGAAGACAACGAUGACAAUGAUUCUGGGCCGGAGACUGAAAAUCUUCCUAGUCAUGAACUCAGGCCUCAUGAGUAUAAGGGGCAUUAUGCUGAGGACAGGGCACACCCGGAGGAUGAUUGGCGACAGCAAGAAGAGGACGCUAUUGCUAAGAGAGUCAAUCUUCUUUCGGUUUCCCAGGUCUGA